UUACAGAAGAAGCAACAACAUUUGAAGGUAAAACACAUUACAAAAAGCUAAUCAAACCCAGUAAAACUAAAAUCUAAUAAAUGUGUUUAAGCAUAACCUCCAACCAAAAUAGGUCCCACAUCAUUCUUACCGUCAUUCUUCUUAAUUGAAUGAAUCGCAGGCAGCUCGAUAGCCUUAAAAAUGAGGAAUAAAGCUCUUAGUUGUCCUAACUUGGAAGAAAGCUGUGGUCUAUCUCAGAGGUCCUAGCUAGCUAGCUGACUCUACAAGGAAGACGAUAGGCAAUGAUUUACAUUGUUCACAGUAUAGGGGUUUUAUCAUCAAUCGUAUCUAGCUAGCUUGGCUAACCAUAUGAAGGAAGGCGAUUAAACUAGCUACGUACUCUAGAAAAUGUGGAAGCUUAAGGUUGCAGAAGGUGGGGAUUCCUCAGCUUACAUUUAUAGCACAAACAACUUUGUCGGAAGGCAGACAUGGGAGUUUGAUCCCGACGCAGGAACUCCUGAAGAGCGAGCUGAGGUUGAAGAGGCCCGUCUUCAUUUCUACAACAAACGCUAUCAGGUCAAGCCCAGUGGUGACAUUCUUUGGCGUAUGCAGUUCCUAAGGGAGAAGAAGUUCAAACAGACAAUUCCUCCAGUAAAAAUUGAAGAUGGCGAGGUUAUCACACAUGAAAAAACCACAGAUGCACUGAGAAGGUCUGUCCACUUCUUCUCAGCGUUGCAGGCGAGCGAUGGCCAUUGGCCUGCGGAAAAUGCCGGCCCUUUGUUUUUCCUUCCUCCCUUGGUCAUAUGUAUGUACAUUACUGGCCAUCUUAACAGUGUAUUCCCUGAAGAGCAUCGCAAAGAAAUUCUGCGUUACAUAUACUAUCAUCAGAAUGAAGAUGGUGGUUGGGGACUGCACGUCGAAGGUCACAGCACCAUGUUCAGCACAGCUCUCAGCUACAUUUGUAUGCGUAUUCUCGGAGAAGGACCUGAUGAUGGUGGCCAAGACAAUGCUUGUCCAAGAGCAAGAAAGUGGAUUCUUGAUCACGGUGGUGUCACACACAUACCCUCUUGGGGAAAGACUUGGCUUUCGAUACUUGGUCUGUUUGAUUGGUCUGGAAGCAACCCUAUGCCCCCAGAGUUUUGGAUUCUUCCUUCGUUUCUUCCUAUGCAUCCAGCAAAAAUGUGGUGCUAUUGUAGGAUGGUUUACAUGCCAAUGUCAUACCUAUAUGGAAAAAGGUUUGUUGGCCCAAUUACACCUCUCAUUCUUCAAUUGAGGGAAGAACUUUUUAUUCAACCUUACAAUGAGAUCAAUUGGAAGAAAGUACGCCAUCUAUGUGCCAAAGAGGACAUCUACUAUCCUCAUCCUUGGAUACAGGAUCUCCUUUGGGAUAGCCUCUACAUUUCCACAGAGCCUAUUCUUACUCGUUGGCCCUUCAACAAAUUGAUCAGAGAAAAGGCACUUCAAGUGACGAUGAAGCAUAUUCAUUACGAAGAUGAGAACAGUCGAUACAUUACCAUUGGGUGUGUGGAAAAGGUGUUAUGUAUGCUUGCCUGUUGGGUUGAAGAUCCAAAUGGGGACUAUUUCAAGAAGCAUCUGGCAAGGGUCCCGGAUUAUUUAUGGGUUGCUGAAGAUGGAAUGAAGAUGCAAAGUUUUGGCAGUCAGGAGUGGGAUACUGGUUUUGCCAUUCAAGCUUUGCUUGCUACUAAUCUAACGGACGAAAUUGGACCAACGCUCGCUAGAGGACAUGACUUCAUAAAGAAAUCUCAGGUCAAAGACAACCCAUCUGGUGACUUCAAUAGCAUGCACCGCCACAUUUCCAAAGGAUCGUGGACUUUCUCCGAUCAAGAUCAUGGAUGGCAAGUUUCUGAUUGCACUGCAGAAGGUUUAAAGUGUUGCCUUCUAUUGUCGAUGAUGCCAUCGGAGAUAGUUGGUGAAAAAAUGGAACCUGAGCGCUUGUACGAUUCUGUCAAUGUUCUACUUUCCCUACAGAGCAAGAAUGGUGGUUUGUCAGCCUGGGAACCAGCAGGGGCAGCAGAGUGGUUAGAACUAUUAAAUCCGACAGAGUUCUUCGCAGACAUAGUAAUUGAGCAUGAAUAUGUUGAGUGCACUUCAUCUGCAAUCCAGGCUUUAGUACUGUUUAAGAAGCUACACCCAGGACACCGGAAGAAAGAGAUUGAACAUUUCAUCACCAAUGCUAUACACUACCUUGAAAAUAUACAAAUGCCGGAUGGUUCAUGGUAUGGAAACUGGGGAGUUUGCUUCACAUAUGGUACCUGGUUUGCAGUAGGAGGAUUGGCAGCAGCUGGCAAGACUUUCAGCACUUGUGCAGCCAUGCGCAAAGCGGUUAGUUUUCUCCUCACAACGCAGAGAGAAAAUGGUGGUUGGGGAGAGAGCUAUCUUUCAUGUCCGCAAAAGACAUACAUUCCUCUCGAAGGAAAUCGAUCCAAUUUAGUACAUACUGCUUGGGCUAUGAUGGGUCUCAUUCAUGCGGGACAGGCAGAAAGAGACCCAACACCUCUUCAUCGUGCAGCAAAGUUUAUAAUUAAUUCUCAAUUGGAAAAUGGUGAUUUUCCCCAGCAGGAAAUCACUGGAGUCUUCAUGAAGAACUGCAUGCUACAUUAUGCAGCUUAUAGAAAUAUAUACCCACUCUGGGCUCUUGCAGAAUACCUCAAGCGGGUUCCAUUGCCUUCCUAGGCCAGAAUUGUUCACCCUAUUAUGUAGCUCGUUCAAAAUAAAGGAUCAAACAUGAAACCGCAGUAGAUGAAAUUCCUUAGCCUGGCAAUAUAUAUGAAUGUCACAUUACGAAUCUAAGAUAAACAAUAAAUUACAUUUUCAUUCUGUCUCUUUUCAUCUUAACGUUGUUCUUUUCAUUUGCAAAUACGUUGAUCAGAUUCAUGUACUUAACUACUAUUCAUUUGCACGUUGAUCACAUGAAUGUGAUCUUCACUACUUUGAACCGGUUCAAAUACUGUUCCAUCAACAGGAUGAACGCAUGCUACAUUAUGCAGCUUACCGAAUAUCUACUACACACUACGGGCUGUUGCAGAAUAAAACAGUGGUUGUCGAAGUACAGCUUCUCAUGUUAAUGGUAUACCACACAUGUAUAUGUUUUCAAAUGGUCUAAAAUCCCAAACAGAAUGUCUGGGUGAGCAUUCGUCCUAAAUAUGAAUGUCAAUCUGUGUAUGUAAGCAAUAGAUUACAUCAUCUUACAGUGGGUUGAUAAUAAGGAAUGUUUUCACA